GUGAAGCGAAAGGCAGCAGAUUUGCUUUGCUGGUGUUGAAAAUUGUUCGUUAACAGGAAAAAGCACAAGUAAUUGUUAUUAAAAAAGGCAGAAAGUGGUACCACUGUGUUUCAAUCACGACAGUGAAUAGUUUUUGUGGUUAAAUAAGUGAAGUGAAGAAGUUUUCAACGUGGAACGUUUACGUCCACAUCGGCCCCGAUAAGCCGAUAACUUCAGAAUUUCAAGAUGGACGACAAACGAGAUGUGAAAAAGAAAGACAAGAAAUCGAGAAAAUCUCGCAGUAGAAGCCGUGAGAAAAGACGGAGUCCUUCCCGUAGUCCAAGCUAUGGACGAAGACGACGAGAAAGGAGCCGCAGCCGGGAACGUCUCCGAAGGAGAUCUCGAGAUCGUAUUAGCCCUCCGAUCAUGCGAAGACGUGGUCGGGGUCGCAGAAGUCCGAGCCCUCCCCCUCCGCCACCGAUGCAGCAAGCUCCUCCACCACCAAUGAUUGGAAAUCCGGUGGCGGCAGCGGCUUAUAUGGGGGCAGGCCCAAUGUACGAUGCGUACGGAGCAUAUCCUCCGCCCUCGGGUGGAUAUAUAGGUGAGAUGGAUCCAAGUUAUGUGGGUUAUGACUACGGGGGACCUGGAGGUCCCCCAGCUGAUGGAUAUGGAGCAAUGAUGGGAGCACCUCCGAUGAUAAUGGGACAACCCGGUCCACCGGGUGAGGAGUAUGCAGCAGGAUGGGAAGCACCUCCGCCGGUGCCAAUUAUUCAAGAGACCGAGGAGGAAAAGCGUAAACGUGAAGCUGCUAUAGCUUCCGAAGUUCGGAAUCAGCGCGCUUCACUGAAGAAACAGCGUGACGAUUAUAGACGUCGAGCAGGAGCUUUGAAUCGUGAGUUGAAAACUCUCAUACAACAGCGAAAUGAUCUUUGUUCGGGACGCGAUCCGCCCUCGCCAACCACGAAUAGUUUCAUCAAGGAGAAUGAUAAGCUUCAGUCUCAGAUCCAGAGCAAGAUUGAUACGAUCGAGAAUGUGAUCGAUAUGUUGGACGGAAUCAUUGGCAAGGACAAAUCGCCAACCCCACCGCCCCCGACACUGAGCGGUCAGCCCGGAGCGAUUAGCCCAGGCAAGGAACGGAAGGAGUCGGAAUCGUCUGCGUCGCCGGAGCGCCUCAAGAACGAAGUGCUGGAGACGAUGAAGCGGGGCAAGGCGAAGAAGGAGGAGAAUGCCGCCAUUAAAACCGAAUCGGUCGGAGAGCGCAAGCCCAAGCCACAGUACAACUACAUCCACUACGAUCCCGAGCUGCACUGGUGCUCCAAGUGUGAUAUUUUCCCCAAGACUGCCAAGGACUACCUCAACCAUUUGCACUCGGAACAGCACCUGGCAAGGGUGGCCGGAACGCCUCAUGAGUAUCCCUGGCGGGAGAAGCAGCAGGCGGAGGAUAAUCCCAACUAUCCAGAUCUGCCCAGCAAGCGGACUCCCAUCCGAGGUUUGCAGUUUUUCGUACCUGCUACCGCUUGGUACUGCAAGAUCUGCGACUAUUGGAUGGGCGAUCUGCCGGCUGCAUCAACGCAUCUGAAAUCGCGCCAGCAUGGUGAUAAGUAUGGGGAUUUCAUCGAUUCCCAUCCAAACUUCGAAAUAGACUGGAUGUCCGACCGGCAGAAGGCGUACGAGCGGAUGAGGGACAGUGACCGUCAGCAACAGCAAGCGAGCACAACGACACGGGAUGUACCGGACAGUGUUCCGGUACCCGUCCCGGCACCAACUCUAACUGAUAUUGACUUUCUAACAGGUAGUAGCGGGGCGAAGGAGACCAGCGAAAGCGCUAUGACCGGAAAGAAGAAAAAGAAAAACAAGAAGGAAGAGAAACGGGAGAAGAAAAAGAAAAAGCGUUCGAAGAAGAAGAAGCGAGCGGCAUCGUCUAGCAGUUCGAGCUCCAGUUCCGAUUCGGAUUCGGAUUCCGACAAGAAAAGCAGCGGUAAAACUGCAGGUGAUUACGAUCCGGCUACCUCGAUUAGGGUAGCGAUGAGAAAUAUUUUGAAGGCUCAGGAAGCUGCCAAGGACACAUCAUCUCAUCACAUCGAUGAGGCAAUGGCAGCGGCAGCAGCUGCAGCCGGUAAAUGGACUGUGAUUCAGCCUGCUCUACAGGAAUUGUCGGCACCGCCACCUCCGGCAUUUUCUGCUGGCGCUGAAAGUCGCGAGAAAAAGCGGGACGAGCUGAUGAUGUCUCAAUGGGUUACGCCCGAGCCGAUCAUAUCGGAAUCGGAGAAAAAGUUGCUAGAGCAACUUAAAGGAAAACUGAAGAAACGGGAUGAUGGUCCGUCUGGCGGUGGUAAUCGUGGGGAGAAUCCUUCCGAGGAGCAACGUAGAAGUACAGACGAGUGGAGACGCAGCAGAUCGGCAUCGCCUCCAUGGAGACGUAAUAGUCGUAGUCCGGGACGCCGCGGAGGUAAUGGUGGUGGCUUCGGGAGGGAUAGGCGUAGUCCGGAUCGCCGACGAGACCGUAGUCGCAACAGGGAAGUAGCUCGAGGCCGAUUUGACCGGCGAAGACGGAGUAGGUCACGGGGUCGCCGUAGUCCAAGCUAUGGCAGAGGUAGAUUCCGGACCAGAAGAUCCUACUCUAGGAGCCGAUCUCGCUCUCGAUCCCGCGGCAGGAGAGUGAUUGAAAAGCCGGUGGUAAAUUUCCCUCCGGAACCGAAACCAAAACCUGAGAAGAAGCCCAAAGAAAAGAAGGACGAAGAGAAAAAGGAAAAGAAACCGGUUUCAAUGGCCAUCGGACAGAAGAAGUUACCCUUCAUAGGUAGAAUGCCCGUAUUCAAGAAACAACAGCAGGAAGUUAAGAAGGAGGAAAUGUUUAUGGAGGAACACAUUGCUGAUGGCGAAAGUAUCAGCGCUGAGAAUGGAGCCAGGCAGCAACCUGAGGAGUUCAUCGAUAUGAUGCCCGAUCCUUACCAAUUUGUAGCGCUCAUGGGAGCACCUCCACCUCCGCCAUCGCAUCCCGGAAAACCAGAUCAGAAUAUCCUACCGCCGGGUAUCGAUGAAGCUGAGGCUGAUCUCGUACCCAAACCUAUCAGUGAUGCUCCAAUCCCUCGCAAAGGACCACUUCCCAAGGAUUUCCAAAAAGCCCUUGACAUUAUUUUUGACGGAGACAAGCCAAAACCCGCUGAAAUGAUAGCCAAUGAAACUAAACCUCCGGAAGUAAUUCCACCGGUUCCGAUCGUACCAGUCCUGGACACCGACCAGCCCCAAAUGAUCGUACCGGAGGCAAUCGAGAUUUAUAAUCAACAAAUAGCUGCCCAGUACAGUACCGCAGUUGUGUCGGCGGCGGCCGUUUCAUACGACGAUGAAUCCCAAAAUCAGCCUCUGGAAAUGGUGUCCGCUGAUGCGAUGGUCGAACAUUCGUCCGAUUCGCAGCUUCCAGGUGCGUACUCUCCGGAUGACAACAACACGGCAAGCAACGAUGGGACGGCAAGUGGGGAAACGGAUUCUCUCCCCGCGCCACCACCCGUGGAGGUUGAAAACGAGGAAACGCGUCUGAAACGAGCCGAACUCGAGGAGCUAGCAUUGCUCGGAAUCGAUGCCGACGAUAUGGCGGCACAAAUUUUCUAAGACACAACAUCUUAAAACUGUUACUCUUUACUUGGUGGUUUCAGUUUCACCCCCCUUAGGUUCCUUUUACUGACAUAUUAUGGAUCCGUCAGCCAUGAUGUAUUGUAAUCACUACAUGAAAAGCACAGCGAAUAUCGCAAGCACUGCUAUUCGGUUUGGAUUUUAUGACGAAUCCAGUGUAAGGGCAAUGGUAUUAUGUAUUGAUUUGAAAUAUAUUGUUCCAAAAAAUUCA